AGCCAGGGAAUAUAACAAAUAUCGAAAGCCGUAGACGAGUGAAAACAGAGUGAAAAAGAAAAUGGAGAAGUCUCAGAUCUGGUUGGCCUUUGGAACCUUUGCCUUGUUAUUGGCAUCAGCGAUAGCGGACGACGUCGUUGUACUCACCGAAGAAAACUUCGACAAGGUAGUUGGUCAAGAUCGAGGAGCUCUCGUCGAGUUCUAUGCUCCUUGGUGUGGUCACUGUAAGAAGCUAGCUCCCGAGUACGAGAAGCUUGGGGCAAGUUUUAAGAAGGCUAAGUCGAUUUUGAUCGGAAAGGUGGACUGUGAUGAGCAUAAGAGUGUAUGCAGCAAAUAUGGUGUUCAGGGCUACCCGACUAUUCAGUGGUUUCCAAAAGGCUCCUUGGAGCCUAAAAAAUAUGAAGGGCAACGGACUGUAGAGGCCCUUGCUGAGUUUGUCAAUACCGAAGGAGGGACCAAUGUGAAGAUAGCCACUUCGCCAUCCAAUGCUGUAGUGCUAAAUGCUGAUAAUUUUGACCAGGUUGUCCUUGAUGAGACCAAAGAUGUGUUGGUUGAGUUUUAUGCACCUUGGUGUGGCCACUGCAAAAACCUUGCUCCUACCUACGAAAAGGUAGCAACAGCAUUCAAAAUGGAAGAAGAUGUUGUGAUUGCUAAUCUAGAUGCUGACAAGCACAAGCAUCUAGCUGAAAAAUACGGAGUAAGUGGGUAUCCAACCUUGAAAUUCUUUCCAAAAAGCAACAAAGCUGGUGAAGAUUUCACCGGUGGCAGGGAUCUAGAUGACUUUGUUGCUUUCAUCAAUGAGAAGUGUGGCACCAGUCGUGAUGGAAAAGGGCAGCUGACUUCAAAGGCUGGUAUUUUGUCUAGUUUAGAUGCACUGGUGAAGCAUUUUGUGGCUGUCAGCAAUGAUGAGAAGAAAGUAGCCUUCUCGAAGAUUGAAGAGGAAGUUGAGAAGCUUAAGGGUUCCAGUGAGAGGUAUGGAAAGAUAUACCUGAAAGCUGCUAAAAGCUGUUUGGAGAAAGGUGCUGAUUAUCCCAAGAAAGAAACAGAGCGGCUGCAGCGCAUGCUUGACAAGUCUAUAAGCCCAGCUAAAGCAGAUGAAUUCACUCUCAAGAAGAAUGUCCUAUCAACAUUUAUAUGAACCGAGAUCACUACAUCCACUGGCGGAAGGCCAAGUUUCUGAGGGAUUGAUUUUGCCUCCCAGUGCCGUAAUGUAGUCAUGUUUUUUGUUCUAAGUUUGAUCUUUUCUUUUCAUAUGAAUUAAAGCACUUGCCUGCAAUAAUAGUAGUAAAACGACUUUGUGAGGCUAGCUAGAGCAGUCCUUUAAUUAGGCAUUUUUCUUA